CGGCCCCUCGCCCGGCACCAAGGAUGCCUGUAGAGGCCGAGAGUGCCCUCAGUCCCCGACUCGGGCAUGUGUCCUGGCAGUGAGAACCAGCCCUCGCCCACUGAGGUCUGGCGCUGUGGGUGUGGGGGGAGCCCGUGGCCCCUGCUGUGCCGGCCACAGAGAACCAGAGCAGACGCUGCCUCCCAGCCCAGGGCUGCGGAGAGCGCGGAGGCUGAGGAGGUGGGCAGUGCCAGUCGCCAGGGAGCCAGGACAAGGUCUGGAGUGCAUCUGACCCAGCUUCCGGGAUGUGAUGGAACUGGACUGGGUGAACGUCAGAGGCCUGACCGGAGCACAGAGCCUGGGCAUCAAGGGGCAGAGCCAGAGGGAGAGGCGUUGCCCCAGGGUAGGAGCCAGGUCUGGUGGAAGUGGACGGUGCUGCAUCUGUGCAGGGUGAUGCUUGGGAUACUCUGAGUCCCUGCUUUCCACGAUGACUAGUGCCCAGCUGGCCGCAGCCUGUGUCCCUGCCCUGACAGUAAGGGACACAAGGAAGGCUGGUGUUUGUGGUGAUCCGAGUCCUCUGCCCUGGGCUCUGCCGGGCGUCUGGAGCAGGCCCUUCCUCUCUACCUCCUUUCCUAUCAGACGCAGGGAGGGAGGCAGGCUUGGGCCAGGAGAAUGCCAAGCCUUGAGCGUGGGCCAGCACACGCCCGCUUGGGAGACGCUGGACCAGCUGCGUGGCCAGCCCUGAGGUGUUCCUUACCAGAGCACGGCCAGGAGCAGCAUGCCCGUGAACACCACCCCACUGAGGCCCCCUUGGGUACACAGAUUAGAGCUGAUGUCCCGUGGCAGCAAAGAGGGGACCUCCUCCUGCCACUCAGGCCACAGACUGGGGACCUCAGAGGGACAGUGGAGGCGAUCUUGCCUUGCACGGUGGCCAUGGGAAGCCUGGCUGGCAAGGGCCCUGCUGAGCCCCCAGUCCUACACAGCCUCCCGGAACGUGAGUUGCCGCACCACCUGCGAGGUGCUGGGCCUUCCCAGCCCUGCAUUCUCUUGGGAUAGGUCUGAUCCUUCCAAGGGACCCUCCUCCACAUCGCCAGGACGUCCUGCGGCCAGCACGUCUUCACAGCAGCCCUGGUAAUCCUAUGUGGGCUCCACUGUGGGCUGGCCUUAUUUGCUGGAGAACCUUCUGGAAUUCAGGACUCAUCCCAGCCUGUGAAGCUACAGGCAGUGGCCCCCUGCUGCUGAGUCUGGGGAGGGGGACAGAGGCUCCUAGGCCCAGAGCCCUCGGCAGGUGGUGGCAUGCUCGGGAGUCACUCUGGGUGGGCAUGCCACAGUUCUGUGCCUGUGCCCGUGGGCGCCAGUGGGCUGGCUGAGUGCCCUGCAGAGCUGUGUAGCCUCAGGGCCGGGGUCUCUGCCCCUGACUGGUCAGUGUGGAAACCCUGUCCUCCUGGGCUCUCCACGCACCAGUAAGCUCUGGUCAGAGGCCAGUGGCAGCCGAGUUUUCUGACACAAGCAAACCCACCUGUUUGCUUCUGACCCCUGAACGGUGACGUCCCUCCAGGUGAAGGUGCUCAUCACCUCUUGGCUCAGAAUGGAGUUCCCACCGUAAACCUCGGGCUCCCUCACUGCACAGGCCCCUGUUAGGGCCCAGGGGUCACCCGCAAGAUAGGAGGUCAGAGUUUGCGUGGUGACAGAAGGAGCAGAGCACAGGCUGAGGUCCCUGGAGGGCUCUGGCCCCACACGCCCUGGCCCCUGGGUGGAGCGAGGACGAGCUGCAUUCUGCACUGGGUGUUCCCGCCCCCGAGUCGAGGGCUGCUCAGCCUGGCGGUGCCACCAUCCUCAGUGACUGGAGGGGAUCCAGAUGAGGGUGCGGGACACGUGCAUGUGGGGUCCAUUCCCCAUUUAAAAAUGAGCCGAAAACUCACUGCGUAAGUGGCAUGUUCUAGGGAUUUUUAAAAUAGAUAAGCACAAAUUCUGUUUCUUAAAAAAUAAAGUAUGUUCUCCAGUAUAAAGGUAGUGACGGUACGAUUGAGUGUGACAGCAAGUACUUGGCAAAAUCAAGUCCUCGCUCCCAGAUGACGGAGGCCAUGCGUGUUUGCUGACCUGAGUGGAACAGCACCAGUGUCCAUGUGCUCUCAAGGGGCAGAGGAGGAUGCCCUACUGGACACUGGGGAUUGGCAGGUGUUAGCGUGUUGGUGGUCAUUAGGUGUGGUCUCAGUCUGUUCUACCUGGUCACCCCUGUGGUGGCCUCCUUGGCACAGGGCCCCUGAAUCACCCCCCACAGGUGAGGAGGCAGAUGGCUUUCCUCAGGGCCCAGCUGCCCCUCUGGUGCACCUUGGUCGUCUGUCCUUCACUGUCCCUCCGACCACUGCCUCGCGGUCUCAGUGCUGCUGCAUCUUGUAAGAGCCGGUAUUGGAAGGGAGCCAGUCCUCAGAGCUGUCCUGGUCCAGUAGGGACCUCCAAAGACCGACUGCCUCAGCCCAGGGCUCCCUGGCCACAACUGGCGGCCAGCCCCACCCAAGGCACUGCCGUGGAGCCCGAGGCCCUUGCUCUGCUCCCAUGUUCGGGUCGCUGUUCUCGAGGGUUUGGGGACAAGGAGCGUGGACUGGAUGGCUAUUUCCCGUGUGGGUUACUUCAGCGCACGUGGUGCGCUAUGGAAAGAUGGCAGGAAGGAGCGAACUAUGCACUGGCCGAGCUUCCAGACGGCCUGUCUGGGGAUUUGGCGGCCGGCCCUGCGCUGGGCGCAUUUCGCCCUCCUUUGCUCCCUGCACGAAGAGUCCUCGUUGGAGGCGAGGCCAGGGCCCUGCGAGGGCGGCAGAGGCGGCGGGAAGCCCGUGGGGCUCGGCCGGCUGGGUGUGCCUCCCCAGGGCCGGCGCCGGGCGCCCGGGCCGCAGUGGCCUCCGCGGAACCGGGCGCAGCCCGCGAGUGGCCGGCUCGGCGCCGGGUCACGCGCACCUGCUCGCCAGGUGCUGCGGCCGAGCGGGGUCGGGCGUCACGUGGGCGCGGGGUCGCCGCGGGGGCGGGGCCGUCACGUGGGCGCGGGGCGGGGCGCGGGCCGGGUUUGAAUGGGCGGCGGCGGCGGCGCGGGGCGACCGCGGAUGGUGAGUCAGCAUCGGCGGCGGACCUCGGGCGCCGUCAGGCUGCGGUCGUCGUCGCCCCAGGUGCCCGUCCCUCUCCGGGCUGCCCCCCUCCGCGCGUCUCCUCCCGGGGCGCGCGCCCCUCCCCAGGUUCCGCCUUGGACCUGCGUCUUGGCGACGUGGACAUCGCGUCGCUGGAUAAAGACCUGGAGGAGCAGGACUGCGGGGACCUGGGACUGUCAGGUCCUAGGCCACCGGCAGGCUCCGCGCCCGUCACCAUCCCGGGCUCCCUGCCCCGCUCGCCGUCCCUGCAGUCCUCCUCGUCCCUGUCCACUUCCCCGCUCAGCUCGCACUCCCAGUCGCUGCCGGGGCCGCUUGUCUCCUCGGCCAUGACGCCCCCCCAGCAGCCGCUGCCCCUUAGGUCCGAGCCGGCCGUGCUGGGCUCUGCCGCCUCCUCCUACGGCUCCUUAGGUCUGAAUGGCGUCCCUGGGAGCAUCUGGGACUUUGUUUCUGGCAGCUUCUCUCCCAGCCCAUCCCCCAUCCUGAACACGGUCCCCACCACUGCCUCCAGUGCAAGUCCAAACAGCGCAGAGCUGGCCCGAGUCAGGCGUCAGCUGGACGAGGCCAAGAGGAAGAUCCGGCAGUGGGAGGAGUCCUGGCAGCAGGUGCAGCAGGCUUGCGACGCGUGGCAGCGGGAGGCUCGCGAGGCCCAGGAGCGGGCCCGCGCGGCAGACAGCGACCGGCAGCUGGCUCUGCGCAGGAAGGAGGAGGUGGAGGCCCAGGUCAAGCGGCUGCAGGAGGAGCUGGAGGGCCUGGGCCUGUCCUCGCUGCCUGGGCUGCGGGGCUGUGGUGACGUGGGCGCAAUCCCACUCCCCAAGCUGCAUUCGCUGCAGAGCCAGUUGCGCCUGGACUUGGAAGCUGUGGACGGGGUGAUCCUCCAGCUCCGGGCCAAGCAGUGUGUGGCCUGCCCGGAGCAGGCGCCCAGCACUGUCCUGCGACCCUGCCAGCACGUCCUGCGCGAGCCCUGUGCGGCCGGUACGCCCGAGUGCUCCUGCUGCGAGGAUCAGCCCCUGCCGUGGUGACCCUCUAGGGCACCGAGAGAGGCCGCGGUGUGCGUGCAGCUUGUGUCGGUGCCAUUGGCCACGAGUCUGCCCGUGGCCUGCCAGCGGCCUUCCUGGCACUUUCUAUCACCCGCCUCCCACCAGCGUCCUCCAGGUGUUCUCCUCUGGAGCACCGGGGAACUGACUUCCUGUCCGCGCGGUGAGCGCAGCAGGCCUGGGGCCACGGUCCCGAUGCUGCAGUGGCCAGGCCGCCGGGAGCGGGUCCUUCAGAGCACUUUGUAAACCGAGGAUUUAGUUCUAAGUCGUAUAAGCUGCUUUCUGGGUCAUGUUUUUUAAUGAUGAUGACAUGAAGCUUUAUAUGUGUACUGUGAACUUGAACUUCCCUAUCAGUUGCUGUCAACUCAUCGUGUGGUGGAGAUAUUAGAUUUCAUACUCCGAAACUACUUAUGAAAUGAGCAUUUAUCUAGUAGUAAAGCCAACCUAGGAUUUUUACAUUUUAAAAUUAAGUGCAAACAGUAUUCAGAGCAGAGUGAUUACCGACAGACGGACACAUUUGGAUGUUCUUGAUGGAAGAACAUCCAAAGAACUCGUUUUCCUAAGUGUGCAGGUGCACGCGCAGCGACCUGUUCUGUGCAGAGUGACCCGCGCACUCCGGCCCCUCUAAGUGCCUGUGCCGUGUGGAGCAAGUGGAGGAGCCGGUCCCUUUGGUUUUGUCCUCUCCCUGGAGGCUCUGAGGGACCGUGGACGCGUGAUCGUGCACCAGAAGGGAGCUGAUGUGAGAGGGUCGAGAUCUACUGUCAGCGGUGUGUCCCCUGGAGGUCUCGGAUGUCUGGGGCCCCCUGGUUCACUCCUGAAUGGGGAGACCUGCGUCUCCCACACCCAUGACUGCCGACCUGACUGGGGAGACGCUGCGGUGGCAGUGUGUGCGUCCAGGGUGACAAGUCACUUGAGCUGUGUGUCAGUUGUUACUAGAGCUCAUCCCUGUGACUGGCAAGGUGCCUGAGUGGCCCGGGCCUCAGACCAGGGCAGAAAUGCUGCUGAGAACUGUCCUCAGAUGCCUAGAGCCUCCUCAGGUCUGGGGAGGAGACGUCUGCAGUGCAUGCAGACCCCCUGGUGGGCAGGGGCAGCUCAGCUGUCCAGUGCGCUGGUGGGCUGGGUUCCUCCUCCUGGGGCUUUGCCAAAGACUUUUAAUAGCAUUUUCUAAAGUGCAGAGUGAGUGACUAGGUAAACAUUUUUAUCAGUGACCAAAUUAGAAUGUAUUUAAUACAGUAGGCUAUUAAAAAACAAUUUUUAAUAUAAGACAAACCGACAGUCUGUCAUUUCAAAGGAGUGGCUCCGUGAUGUUCCACAGCUAGUCCACUACACGUGGACGUGGGUUACCGACUCCUGUUGGUGAUCACGGUGAUGAUUUAUUAGCUCAGUACCUAGACAGCACAUAUUUUGUGCUACUGUUUUCACUGUUUAAGAUUAUUUUUGUUAAUAUUCAUGCACUUGUUUCCAUUUCAGGCCUUUGGUCUUUUGGGAAGAACAGGACAUGUUUAUUAUUGUUGUCUAGCCUAGACGUUUUCAAAAUCACAAACCAUUAAAAACGGCUGAGUUUUAGGUCUGUGUGUGAUAAGCUACUCUGGUCCGUUCUUUCUGUGGAAUUUGGCUGGGGCACCCGAGUCUACGGGGCUGCUUCUGGGGUGGGAUGGUGGCAGUCACGGGGCCACAGCUGGAAUCAGGAGGGGCUCUGGGAAUAGGUGUGUGGGGAGACCCAGGACGUGCCCAGGAGCGGGCUGGCAGUGCAGGGUGCCCGCCUGGUCUGCGCGUGCGGCCUCUGGACCCCUGAGUGCCAGGAGCACAGCAGCAGGAAGGCGGGAGGCCCCCCCGUGGCGGGUGAGGAGGGGGUCCGGGCUCGAACCGUGGCCCUGCAGUAACCACGCUGUCGUCCUGUCCUCCGCUGUCCUUCGCCCUCCGACGUUACACAUGGGCAGUCAGUCAGCGUCCAGUCACUGACUGGUCUGCAGGAGACGCUCGUCCCGAGCACACGCUUCCUGUGGCGUGUGUGCAGCGUUCAUCUGGAUGUGCUGUGAAUGGAAUCCUACCCAGAGUACUUCUAACGUGUGAUCACUCACUUGUGGAGAACCGUUUCAAGUUGUCAACACCUGUCCAGAUUUUUUUUACGCUACAGCAUUUAUGCAAUGGUUUACAGAACUCAUGGAAUUAUUUUUAUCAGUAUGGGAAUUAAUUAAAACUUUGAAUCUUUGUUUUGUCCGUGUCUCUGAGCACAGUGACCGGCCGGCAGGUCCUCGGGAGCACCCCUGCCUGUGAUGCGGGAGAGCCACGUCUUCCCUGCUGCAGGCUCCAGGCCUCUGUGCUCCUCCCAAGGCUGCGUGCGCUCCUCUUCUUCCCUUCUGCCGCAGGACACCCACGUUCUGCCCUGUUUUUUUUUCCAUCCCACGUGGACACCAGGUCACAAGCUGUUCCCACGCAGUCCUGGAUCACCUCUCAGCUGCUCUGGGAGGGAAUGCUGGCCCAGGUGCUC